UAAUGGGAGGUGUAGGUAAUAUGCCUAUAAAACCAGGAUGUAAAGUUUUAUAUUUAGGUGCAGCUAAUGGUACUUCUGUUUCUCAUGUUUCUGAUAUGGUAGGUGAUGAAGGUGUUGUUUAUGCUGUUGAAUUUUCGCAUAGAUCAGGUAGAGAUUUAACAAAUAUGUCUAAAAAGAGAUCAAAUAUUGUUCCUAUUGUAGAAGAUGCAAGACAACCAACCAAAUAUAGAAUGCUUGUAGAUAUGGUAGAUGUUGUUUUUGCUGAUGUCGCACAACCAGAUCAAGCACGUAUAGUUGCUAUGAAUGCACAUAUGUUUUUAAAAACAGGAGGAUGGUUUAUUAUUUCUAUCAAAGCUAAUUGUGUUGAUUCUACUGCUAAGCCAGAAGUAGUAUUUGCAUCUGAAAUGGAAAAAUUAAAAAAAGAAAAUUGUAAACCCAAAGAAAAGUUAACCCUCGAACCUUUCCACCGUCAUCAUGCUAUAGUUUUGGGUAUGUAUCGAUAA